UUCUAUAACUGUGUGACUGCUAUUUGAAAAAAUAACCUCAUAUUAGAUCUUGAUCCAGAUCUAGAAUCUAGACUAGGCCUAGAGAUUCUACUCCUGGAUAUUUCUUCAAGGUUUUUCAAAGGUCUUUGUCUUCUGUUUCUACCUUGGUCAUCUUUACACUUCAAGAUUAUUAAACUAUUAUCAUAGUUUUUUUUUAGAUAGGCCUACACUUACAAGUCCAGAAUUUGGUCUAUAAACUCAGUAGAGGGCCUGCAAUGACGUCUUCGCUAAAAAAUAUCACAGUUUGUAAAAAGCAAGCGACACUUUCAAAGUUGAUUCCUGUCAAGGGUAUAACUAAAAGUCAUCUUCCGGAAAGCUACCAGGACAAUAAAGACAUUUUUAAUUUUCUCAUGGCGCUCGCCGACCUCACGGUCAAAAUCACGACAAGCUUCACCAGCCCCAACAGACCUGAAACUUACCCAGAUACAGACGUCGUCUACCCUUUUCAGGACAUGUGGGGGUCGGGGAAGGAGAGGGUGGCCACGGGAUGGGUGGACCAGAUAAAGAGGUAUUCGGAAAAAGAGAAUUUGGACUGCCGAUGCCCUAAGUGCAGAAGCUCGGAGACGCCAAGCAAAGUAUGGGGUGAUGUGACCAUCGUCACCAACACUCACAACGUCUUUGAUCGGUUUGAGGCGGAGAAGUCUACGUGCUGGCUGUUCUACAACGACGAGGCCGGCCCGGUGACGGCGCUCAAGGGCAGGAGCAUGAGCUACGCAGACAUGGAGAGUGGCAGAAGCGCCCUGGUGUGCUCCACGUGCGACAUGGAGCUAUUAGAAAAGCUGUCCCACGCCCUGCUGCUGUGCGAAGAACUUAAACGGAAAAUAGAGCCAGCAGUUUCGGGGAUCCCAAUCCGCCCAGAAGAAAGCAUCAUCAUCUCUCACCCCCAUGGCUGUCCGAAACAUUUCUGGUUUGGGAAAUGGAAACCGAAAACGGAGAACGGGAAAGCAUGGUAUGCCACACCCAUCUGCUCAGGAAAUGAUGGUGCGCCAUUGGUGAUCUUGGGCGAGAUUUUAAAGCCAUCCUAUUGGCCUUACUCAGGUCCGUCCUGCAAAUAGAUCCUCAAGGAGCACAUUGAGUAUGUUUGAAUAAUUUGUAGUGUCUCAAUUUUCUAGCAUUUGGACUUUCAAUAUUUUUUUUCAAAUGUGAAGCAAUCCUCUUAAUACAUUGUUAAUAACG